AUGUCUAUCGUGGCGCUAGCAGACGGACAGCAGUCCAGCGUUACCCUCGAUGUUCUUCACGAUGUCGCGGCGCGCAACAACAUUAGGAUUGCGUCCAAGGCAGACGAAGAGGCAUACCUGCUGGUCCUCCAAUCCGCUGAUAUGACGGCCGCACAUGUCAAUAACCUGCCAGACUAUAUCGACCCUCGACUCGAGCCUGUCCCCACGAUCGGAGGACGAGAGUACUGGAAACCCAAGAAUAACAGCCACAAUGCUUGGAGUCACCAAGCCAACAUCGUGGCAGAAAAACCAAAGUCGGACGUUCUCAAAGGCCGCAAGGUCAUUAUGAAAGAUAACAUGUCUGUUUAUGGUCUGCCCCAUACCUGUGGAACAUUCCCCCAAUUUGUUUCCAAGGACGGAAAAUACCCUGUUGCCACGAUUGAUGCGCCAAUAACGAAAAGAUUGCUGGAGGCCGGAGCCACCAUAGCAGGUACAUCAACCUGCGAGAACUAUUCUCUGACACCCAUGUCCUACACCUCAGCCAAUGGACCAGUCCACAACCCUUGGCUCCACGAUUAUAACACUGGCGGGAGCACCAGUGGAGGAGCAUGUCUUCUUGCACUAGGGAACGCUCGCGCUGCUGGAGUUCCUGGCCUGGAUGAAGCUGGGGAGGACGUGGACCUGGCGAUGGGCGGCGAUCAGGCAGGGAGCAUUCGACUUCCAUCUUCGUAUUGCGGUGUCUAUGGCCUUAAACCCACCCAUGGGCUAGUCCCGUAUACAGGCAUUGCCGGGCUGCAUCCAAUGAUCGACUACACAGGUCCAAUGGCGAGGAAAGUGGAAGAUAUAGCAGCUCUACUUACAGUCGUUGCCGGCUACGACGGGCUGGAUUCGCGCAUGACGCCAGAGUCGCCACUCAGGGAACAUGUUGUUGAUUAUGCGAAGCAACUCGCCGCUGCGGAUAACCCGGGAAAAGGCCUCAAAGUUGGUAUCAUAACAGAGUCACUCAGUUCGCCGGGCACUCAGACCGAAGUUGCAGAGACUGUGCGUUCCGCUGCACUGAAGCAUUUCGAAGCGAGCGGUGCAACAGUAUCUGAAGUUUCAGUCCCGAUGCAUCUGCUCGGUCCCGCCAUCUGGACCGCAGCGACAAGAGCGCAUCUCGCCGGACUGGCCAUUGGCGGUCGAAUACCCGAUGUGCUGAGCCAUAGUAUUCCACAUCUGUCUCUAAGAUGGCCACCAGAUCAAGAAAUGUACGAUCUAUUGACUGUGGCCAAUCCUGCGGUUAUAAACAUCAUUUUCUGCGAGACCUUUUUGAAGGAAAAGUUUGGUCCAGAAGUCCAGGCCAAGGCUCAUCGCCAUGUCUUGGAAUUGAGAGCAGCUUAUGACAAGGUUUUCGAGGAAUUCGAUGUCCUCAUCACUCCUACGACACCCACGGUCGCUCUUCCACAUCCUGACUUGCGAUCUCAGGCAGAGGGCGGUAGCAGUGUCAUGGACAAGAUCAAACUGGCCGUUGGAUCAACCAACAACACCUGUCCAUUUAAUGCCACAGGCCAUCCAGCGUUAAACGUCCCCUGUGGUUGGGCACCUGCACGGAACGGAGUCGGGAUGCUCCCUGUCGGUAUGCAGGUGAUUGGCAAGAGAUGGGAUGAUAUCGGAGUGAUAAAAGCUGCUAAAGCGUUCGAGCUGGGAGGAGGUGGUCUCGGCCCAUGGCCUGGUUCAACGAAAGCCUGA